CUCCUGACCCCUCUCCUUCUCAUAAACUCUGAACUAGAUAUAGCAGCAUCAUGCCACCUUCUACCGCACCAUUCGAUCUGAACAAGCUCCAUGAAGCCACUGCGAACGCACCGCCGCCUCCCGAGCCGAUUGUGGUUACGGCUACGGAUGGUAUUGAGUUGGCGGUCCGCAUUUACCGUCCUCCUGCUGCGCCCAAGGGAAUCUUGGUCUUUUAUCACGGUGGCGGAGCCCAUUCGGCAGCGGGAUAUCAUUUGAUGGCCCAGAAACUCGCCACGGACCAUGACAUUCAAGUGUACACACCCGAUUUGAGAGGUCAUGGUGAAUCGGGAGGACCCCGUGGAGAUGCUCCGUCGCCACAACAGGUCUAUCAGGAUGUGGAUUCCGUGCUAGAGUUGGUGGGUCGUCAAGAAGAAAGCACGUUGCCCCUCUUUUUGGGUGGACACUCGUCGGGUGCUGGACUGGUGAUCCAAUAUGCCACACAAUCGACAAAACAACAACAACAGGACAACAACAUUAAAGGCUAUCUAUUGCUGUCACCCCAGUUGGGCCCCAAUGCCGGAGUUGCCAACGAUGGUACUGCUUCCUCCUCCUUUGCGAAGGUCUCCGUGCUGCCAUUCAUCUUGAAUGGCAUAUUUGGUGUCAUGGGCCACUACCCCUCGGUUCGUUUUCAGUAUUCGGACCAGGAACUUGCCGAUCCCCGCAUGGUGUCCUUCAAUACGGUCCACAUGGCCAAUGCCAUUAGCCCCAUGGAACCAGCGAAACAAUUGGAGCAAAUGACAAAAGAUUGUCCUACAAUUUUAUGGAUGGGAGAACGCGACGAGCUGUUUGUGGCCUCCAAGGUGCAGUCCUUGUACGCACCCACGGUGAUUGUACCGGAAGCCACCCAUUUGGGCAUUCUGGUGGUCGCUCACAAGCUGAUGGGACCCUGGAUGGAACAGCAAAUGAUGGAGUGAAAAGGAGCAGAGUAAAAGGUUUUGAUUGUGU